CUACCUGGUGCAGCUCCUCCUGUUUCACUGCAGGACACCACUGCGUCAGCAACAGCUGUCCUGUAGCCCCGCGCUGACUGCCAGAAGGGGAGAAUUACGUCCUCAGUGGAAGACUUCACGGGAGACUUGAUUUUUUUUUCAAGUUUCUUGGAUUCAGGGGAAAUAUUUGAUGUGCCUUGCAAGCUCCUCCUAGGGAAACCCCUUUGCGGCGGUAUCCCUUCGCGAUGCAAAGAUGGCGAACCUGCUCCCUCCCCCAGGCACCGAUGCGUUCCGCCGCUUCACCCGGGAAUCGCUGGCGGAGAUCGAGAGGCUCGCGGAGGAAAGAAAAAAGGCCGCAGAAGUAGAGGGCCAUGAGGAGGAAACGGCCCCAUACGCUGAUCUGGAGGCGGGCAAGAGUCUGCCCAUGAUCUUUGGAGACCCUCCAAAAGAGCUGCUCAACACACCUCUGGAGGACAUGGACCCCUUCUACAAGACACAGAAAACAUUCAUUGUGAUCAGCAAAGGAAACACAAUCUACAGGUUCAAUGCUGAACCGGCCUGCUACAUUCUGAGCCCCUUUAGUUUGAUUAGAAGAGGAGCCAUUAAAAUUCUCAUACAUUCGUUCAUUAUGAUUACAAUUCUAUCGAAUUGUGUAUUCAUGACGAUGAGCAACCCACCAGCAUGGAGUAAAACUGUUGAGUAUGUUUUUACUGGUAUCUAUACCUUUGAGGCAACAGUCAAAGUGUUGUCAAGAGGUUUCUGUGUUGGAUCUUUUACAUUCCUUCGAGAUCCAUGGAAUUGGCUGGAUUUCAUGGUGAUCAGCAUGGCAUACAUCACUGAGUUUGUUGACCUUGGCAAUGUGUCAGCCCUCAGGACAUUUCGUGUACUUCGAGCCCUUAAAACAAUUACUGUGAUUCCUGGUUUGAAAACCAUCGUGGCCGCUUUGAUCCAGUCAGUGAAGAAAAUGGUGGACGUCAUGAUUCUGACCGUCUUCGCUCUUGCUGUUUUUGCCCUUGUUGGUCUUCAACUUUUCAUGGGAAAUCUGCGUCAGAAAUGUGUGCGAUGGCCCAUCGAAACAAAUGAAACUGCAUUUGAAUUUUUCAACACCACUACCGCAUUUAAUGAAACUGUCUUCUUCAACAACACCAUGAGCUUCAAUGAUACAACAUAUAACAACAGCACCUUCAAUUUUAUUGACUAUAUUGAAAACCCAGAUAAUCACUAUUAUUUGGAAGGCAGCCUAGAUGCCCUUCUUUGUGGAAACAGCUCUGAUUCUGGAAGGUGCCCAGAGGGCUACACAUGCAUGAAGGCUGGGAGGAACCCCAACUUUGGCUACACCAGUUUCGACUCUUUUGGCUGGUCCUUCCUGGCCCUCUUCAGACUCAUGACCCAGGACUAUUGGGAGAACCUUUUCCAGCUGAUCCUGCGGGCGGCUGGUAAGACAUACAUGCUGUUCUUUGUGGUGAUUAUCUUUCUGGGCUCCUUCUACCUCAUCAACCUCAUCCUGGCUGUGGUAGCCAUGGCUUAUGAUGAACAGAAUCAGGCAACUCAGCGAGAGGCCAUAGAGAAAGAGGAGGAGUUCCAGCGGCUACUAGAGCAACUCAGAAAUCAGGAACAGGCUCAAGCUCUUGGGAGCCAAGCUACUCUAACCAGUAAGAAGUCGCGCAGUCAUCACUCCAUAUCUGAGUUGGCAGAUGAUGAACUGAGCCUUGAACCUGAUGAAAUUAUCAAGGAUUGUAAUGGGAGAGUAGUUCCCCGUCUGAUGAUCAGAUCGCCCACCAUGGUCGAGUCUGCUGCAGAUUGUGAACUCAGGGAGAAGUCAGUAGGCUCUGUGCACAGCAUGCUUCAUCUGGAUGAACCAGGCCUGACACAGAGAUCUGCUAGUGCUAUGACUGUGCUCACUGCAGCUGCUAUGGAAGAGUUAGAGGAUGCUCAGAGGCCGUGCCCACCUGGCUGGUACAAGUUUGCUGACAUGUUCCUGAAGUGGGACUGCUGCGUGUACUGGGUGGUCUUUAAAAAGUGGGUUCACUUUGUGGUGAUGGACCCUUUUGUUGACUUGGGCAUCACCAUCUGCAUCGUGCUCAACACCCUCUUCAUGGCCAUGGAGCACUACCCCAUGACCCCAGAGUUUGACUACAUGCUCUCUGUGGGGAAUCUGGUGUUCACUGGGAUCUUCACAGCAGAAAUGUUUUUCAAGCUUAUAGCCAUGGAUCCCUACUACUACUUUCAAGUUGGUUGGAACAUUUUUGACAGCAUCAUAGUCACGCUCAGUCUGGUAGAGUUGGGGCUGGCAAACGUCCAGGGGCUGUCUGUCCUUAGGUCCUUCCGUCUGCUUCGUGUUUUCAAACUAGCCAAGUCCUGGCCUACGCUCAGCAUGCUGAUCAAGAUUAUUGGUAACUCAGUAGGAGCUUUAGGUAACCUGACUUUGGUGCUGGCCAUCAUCGUCUUCAUCUUCGCUGUGGUGGGUAUGCAGUUAUUUGGCAAGAGCUAUAAGGACUGCGUAUGCAAGAUCUCCUUGGAUUGCGAGCUGCCACGCUGGCACAUGAACGACUUCUUCCACUCGUUCCUUAUCGUGUUCCGCAUCCUGUGCGGGGAGUGGAUUGAGACCAUGUGGGACUGCAUGGAGGUGGCCGGAGCAGGGAUGUGUUUACUUGUCUUCAUGAUGGUCAUGGUCAUUGGAAAUCUAGUGGUGUUGAACCUCUUUCUGGCCUUGCUGCUCAGCUCGUUCAGUGGAGACAACCUCUCGGCAGGGGACGAUGAUGGAGAGAUGAACAAUCUCCAGAUUGCCAUUGGCAGGAUCACACGGGGCAUCAACUGGUUCAAAGCGUUCAUCAUUCGAACUGUCCUGCACAUUCUUGGCAGAAAACCCAAGGAGCCUGAGGAGGGCCAGAUGGACGACGAGGACCCUAAAACAGAGGGAAUUGAAAUGAACCACUUGAACACCAGUCAGAAUUUCAAAAUGGCAGAUGGGAUAUCUAAUUGUUUGGUUGAAGGCCGUCCUUCUGGAUUUAUUGUGGAUGGAGAGGUCAGUCUCAAUGUGCCUAUCGCCCCAGGAGAGUCAGAUUUUGAGAACCUUGGCGAGGAUGAUGAGGACGAUGAAGAUGAUGCAGAUCUUGCGAAUGACUCAGAAACUUCAGAUGAGAAAAAUAACCAACAUUUCUCGGAAAACUUAGAAGAUGAAAUGGGUAUGGUGGGAAAGUUCAAACUGAUGGGUGCUUUGAAUGAUGGGGAUUCUUCAGUGUGUAGCACAGUGGACUAUCAACCACCUGAGCCUGAACCAGAAGAAGUGGAAGUAGAAGAGCCAGACCCAGUGGAACCAGAGGCCUGCUUCACUGAUGAGUGUGUGAAGCGCUGGCCAUGUCUGACCGUGGACAUCACCCAAGGUAACGGGAAGAAAUGGUGGAACCUCCGUAGGACUUGCUUCACUAUUGUGGAGCACGAUUGGUUUGAAACCUUUAUAAUCUUUAUGAUCCUCCUCAGCAGUGGAGCUCUGGCCUUUGAAGACAUCCACAUAGAAAGACGACGAACCAUCAAAAUUAUUCUAGAGUAUGCUGACAGCGUUUUCACCUACGUCUUUAUCAUUGAGAUGCUUCUUAAAUGGAUCGCAUAUGGCUUCAAGACCUACUUCACCAACGCUUGGUGUUGGUUAGACUUUUUCAUUGUAGAUAUUUCCCUGAUUAGUUUAGUUGCCAACUGGAUGGGCUACUCUGACCUUGGACCGAUCAAAUCGCUCAGAACUCUCAGGGCACUGAGGCCUCUUCGAGCACUGUCAAGAUUUGAAGGGAUGAGGGUCGUGGUGAACGCUCUUGUUGGAGCAAUUCCCUCCAUCUUCAAUGUGCUGCUGGUGUGUCUGAUCUUCUGGCUCAUCUUCAGCAUCAUGGGAGUUAACCUGUUUGCCGGGAAGUUCUACCGCUGCAUCAACACCACCACGGAGGAGCUCUUCCCCAUGACUGAGGUCAACAACAAGAGCGACUGCAUGGCCGUCAAAGAAGCCACGCAGGAUGCCCGCUGGGUCAACGUCAAAGUCAACUAUGACAAUGUGGGACAAGGCUACCUGUCCCUGCUUCAAGUGUCAACUUUUAAAGGCUGGAUGGACAUCAUGUAUGCUGCCGUCGACUCAAGAGAGGUAGAGGAGCAACCUUCAUAUGAGAUCAACCUCUACAUGUACAUGUACUUUGUCAUCUUUAUCAUAUUUGGCUCAUUCUUCACCCUAAACCUCUUCAUUGGUGUCAUUAUUGAUAAUUUCAACCAACAAAAGAAAAAGUUUGGAGAUAAAGACAUCUUUAUGACUGAAGAACAAAAAAAGUACUACGAGGCCAUGAAGAAACUUGGUUCCAAGAAGCCACAGAAGCCAAUUCCACGUCCAACUAACAAAAUCCAGGGACUAGUGUUUGACUUCAUCAGUCAGCAGUUUUUUGACAUCUUCAUUAUGGUGCUCAUCUGCCUCAAUAUGGUGACCAUGAUGGUGGAGACAGACAACCAAAGUGCAGAGAAGGAAGAUUUUCUCUUUAAAGUAAAUGUGGCUUUUAUUAUUGUCUUCACCGGAGAGUGCGUGUUGAAGCUCUUUGCCCUGCGUCAAUACUUCUUCACAAAUGGAUGGAAUAUUUUUGAUUUUGUUGUGGUCAUCUUGUCCAUAGCUGGUACAAUGCUCUCAGACAUUAUUGAGAAGUACUUUGUGUCACCAACUCUGUUCAGAGUGAUCAGACUGGCCAGAAUAGGCAGGAUUCUGCGUCUUAUUAAAGGCGCUAAGGGCAUUCGGACCCUUCUCUUCGCUCUAAUGAUGUCACUUCCUGCCCUAUUCAAUAUUGGUCUCCUGCUUUUCCUCAUUAUGUUCAUCUUCUCCAUAUUUGGCAUGUCAAACUUUGCCUAUGUCAAAAAGGAGGCUGGGAUCGAUGAUAUAUUUAAUUUUGAGACUUUUGGUGGUAGCAUUAUCUGCUUGUUUCAGAUCACAACAUCAGCCGGCUGGGAUGGGCUUUUACUUCCAAUGCUGAACAAGGAGUAUCCGGACUGCGAUCCAGACUUUGAGAACCCAGGCACGGGUGUAAAGGGAAACUGUGGCAACCCGAUGAUGAGCAUGAUCUUCUUCUGCAGUUACAUCAUUAUCUCAUUCUUAGUGGUUGUCAACAUGUAUAUAGCCAUCAUCUUAGAGAACUUCAAUGUGGCGCAGGAGGAGAGUGGUGAUGCACUCUGUGAGGAGGACUUUGAGAUGUUCAAUGAGACUUGGGAGAAGUUUGAUCUAGAAGGAACUCAGUUCAUUGAGUAUAACCAGCUAUCAGAUUUUUGUGAUGCUUUGCAGGAGCCACUGAGGGUUGCCAAGCCCAACAUGCUUCGCCUGACUGAAAUGGAUCUGCCCCUGGUCAUUGGGGACAGGAUCCACUGCCUGGAUGUCUUGUUAGCUGUAACACAGAUGGUCUUAGGAGACACGGUGGAGAUGGCGGCAAUGCGGGAAAGCAUUGAGGCUAAGUUCAUUCUGAACAACCCAACCUCAGACUCCUUUGCACCGAUUACCACAACAGUACGCCACAAAGAAGAGGAUAGGGCUGCUGUAGUCAUUCAGAGGGCUUACCGCAACCACCUACUGAAACGCUGCAUACGCCACGCUGCUUUUAUGCACCGCUCUAAGAGUACGAGUAAGAAGGACGAAGGUGAAGGUCCACCGGAAAAAGAGGGGAUCCUCGCACGAAGAAUGGGAGUGCUCUAUGGGAGCAAUGUGGACCUUGCAGAGGAGAUGGAGCAGGCUGCUUUGGACGCUCUAGCAAGCCAGCAGCCUCCUCAGCCUCUUUACACAGGGGCCCAGUGUGGUCCAGAACCCCUUGAGCCAAAUACCAUGGUUGUACCUGUAGAAAUUACUAAUGAAGUUUUAUUACAUUCUGCCCCCAACCAACACUUCUUAGCCCUACAUGCAAACCUGAGAGAGUCAAUUGUAUAACAAACAGCAGAGGACAAUUGCUGCUGCUGUUUUUCACUAGUCACAAAGUAGUGUUAGCAGAGUCUCACUAAUGGAGCUGAAUUUUCCACAUUAGAUGGUUAUACAGUGCUAAUGGCUGAACUGCAUUUUUUUGAUAAUUAAACUUAACAAACAAUUCCUGUUUUUUCCAUGCAAUAUUUAAGUGUCUUUUUGGGUUGAAGUUGGAACUGGAGUGCAUGGUUUUCUCUGAUAGUCACCACUGAUGUGCAGAAAAAUUCAGUUACCAGUUGUAAGUUGUUGUAGUCUCCUCUGUAUAUUGGUGGAGGUACAUAAUGGUUAAUUAAUUGAAAUUUCCAAAUUAUUAUUAUAUAUAUUACAAGUAGAUAAUAUUUCUCAGCAUUUAAAUGCACAUUGGUUUUCAGAGAACGGCAACACUUACCCUCUCAGCCAAUAAUAAACUUGCUAGUGUUUGUAGGGAGAUACAUCUUAGUGGACCAGGAUCUGUGACUCAACAGCUUUCUAGUAAAAAUCAAUCUUGAAAUUGCAACGAGAUCAAGGUUUUGCUUAACCUGUAAAUUAGUUUUUUAAUGGAUAGUCAUUGCCCAGAUGACAGAGAUCUAAAUAUUCCAGUGGAUUUUAAUGCAUGCUUUGGUUUACACCUUCAUUCAGGCUAGCAAAAACAUUGCUUUUGUUGUGGCUAUUACCAAAAAAACAAACCAUGUGCCCCAGUUUCUAACCAAAGAGUAACUUGAACAGCACAUGGCAAAACCUGAAUGACACCCUUAUAUGAGUAUAUGCAACUGUGUUUAUGUCAUACACGGUGUGUAAAAGCUUGAAGAGCAGCUAAUUACUUGACUCUUUAUGUUGCCUUACAUUUCAAAGCAACAAGAUAUCCAGUCUUUUUGCUUCACAUCAAGUUAAAAUACACACAACACUACGUCAUCAUGAGUGCCACGCUGAAAUUGCACCAUGUCAUGGCUAAAAUGGUACAUUUGCUAGUAAUUUGUUAUCAUUUAAAAAAAAUUAAACAGCACAAAUUCUUAUUCCUGCUUACUUUAAGUUACUUUUAUGUGGAAUGUGAUGGCUCUACAUGCUUAUUCUUUCAAUUAGACACUAAAAAAUUUUCUAUGGUGGAGUAUUGUACAUUUAUAAAUUAAUAACUUAAAUAUAAGACUUAUCUUGACCACAUUUAUCCCACGCCACCAGUGAAACCCUGACCUCUGUAAUCAUUACCUAGUUAACAAUAAUGUGAGCCAGCUAAUCCAGUUAACAUCCUUCCCUGGGUGGCUCGUUCAGAAAGGCUCAGUUUAUAUUGCACUAUUUAUAUCCCUUCCAGGUCAAGUUAGAGCAGUUGGCUGACUGAGAGACCUUCCCGUUUUCUAAGAUGACUUCAUCACUGAUAUAUGCAUGUCUUAUAAAUGUUUUGUCUGUUUAUUUGGACCCUCAGACAGAUCUUCAUGAUACUCAAAUCAAGCAGUCACUUGUUUUCCAUUUGGUGGGUUUCCAUCUGUGACUGUAAACUUAAAAUGCUAUGUUUACAUUAACAAAACUGCUAAGCUUCUUGUUCAUUUCAACUGUUUUCUGUAUAUGUCCACUAAAUAACAAUAACUCUAGCAAUAACAUAAGUACUUUGGUAUUUGCUGUAAAUAAAGUUUUGCCUCAGGUUGGAUCAAGUUGAUCUUAAAUUAAUCUGAAAAUAUGAAACAGCACAUACAGCUGAUGUGUUGCAUUAGUUAAAUACAUGACUCUGAAGUUAAAGGAAUACCCCACUUUCCAACGUGUAGAUACUCACGCCGAUUUACAAAAAUAAAAGUUUUCCUGUUAGUAAGGAUCUUUAUGCGCAGUGGAUCUAGUCAUCUCAAGUCAUGUCCUCAUGCAGAAAUGUUGGUUCACUUGCUGUUGUGUAAGUCUUAACUAAUUAUAAAACGUCUUACUCUGAAUAUAUAUACAUAAAAAUCAUAAGCACUUUUACAGUUUUCUAGUUUGUUUUUUUACAAUAGACUAUAGAAGGUUGUCUCUUCUCUUGUUUAUGUGUUCAGCACUGUUUUAACAUCAACCCUGGGGGAUAACAAAAUCAUGAAUGUUUCCUCUACGAGGGGUUUCUUUGUCUUAUCCUGCUGCCGCAGCAUGGCAGUUAUUCCUGUCAGAAGUCUGUAACGUGACCUGCAGCAAUACUAUUUCAGAUUGAUACACUGCUGCACUACUUAGCUAUAGUCUCCUCUGGUGGUACAGUUAAAAUCACAAGACAGUGUCCUCCUUUUGUUUACAUUUCUAAUGGAGGGAGAGCCAUAUGGGGAGCUUUACUGGCACCCACAGUCAGUGUUGCCUGUAUAUACAUUUUCUUUUCUUUUUUCUUCUGUAUUAUAUAUUUAUAUAAUUUUGUUAUUGUAAAAAUUUUAACUAUAUUGUGAGAAUAAAAUUCUUCUCAUAGGGAAAAGCAG